CUCGGCGCAGGCGCCCUAGCGGCUACCGCAGGCAGGGGGCGGCAACAUGGCGGAGUGAGCGGCGGCGGGCUCGGCUCCACAACAACAGCGGCAGCGGCGAGCGCUCGCCCCGCCGCUUCGCCUCCGCGCCGAGCCGAGCCGUGCCCGGCAGAGCCGAGCCGAGGAGCUCGGCGGCUCCCGCUCCUCCCGCCCCGCGGCGGGGAGGCGGCCCCGGCUGGGCAGCCUUCGGCUAACGGGGCAUCGGCGCCCAUAAUAAUCCCUCAUUAUAGCGGAGCGGGGGAGCGGCUCCGGGGACGGUGCCUGCGCCUCGGGCCGGCUCCCUGCGGCCCCGCCGGCUGCGGCUGCGGUGGAUGCUCGGCUCGGCCCGGCCGGGCGGGGAGGAGGAGGCGGCGGCGGCAGGUGCCGGUAACGGCGGGGGGUAAAUGGCGAGCGAGAAGCCGGUGUCGGGGCCGGAGCCGCAGCCCGCGGGGCUCAUCUCCGUCGGGGCCGGCGGUGGAGGAGGAGGCGGCGUGGCGGUGAUGGGGGAGCUGAGGGCGCCGGGCGCCGGGUCCGUGGUGCUCCCCGCGGGGAUGAUAAACCCGUCGGUGCCGAUCCGCAACAUCCGGAUGAAAUUCGCCGUCCUCAUCGGGCUCAUCCAGGUCGGCGAGGUCAGCAACCGGGACAUCGUGGAGACGGUGCUGAACCUGCUGGUUGGUGGUGAAUUUGAUCUGGAGAUGAACUUUAUAAUCCAAGAUGCAGAGAGCAUUACAUGCAUGUCAGAGCUUUUGGAGCACUGUGAUGUAACAUGCCAAGCUGAAAUCUGGAGUAUGUUCACAGCAAUUCUACGUAAAAGUGUCCGUAAUUUACAAACUAGCACGGAAGUUGGCUUAAUUGAACAGGUACUGCUGAAGAUGAGUACUGUGGACGACAUGAUUGCAGAUCUUCUAGUUGAUAUGUUGGGGGUUCUUGCCAGCUACAGCAUCACUGUCAAAGAGUUGAAGCUUUUGUUCAGCAUGCUUCGAGGCGAAAAUGGAAUCUGGCCAAGACAUGCAGUUAAGCUAUUAUCAGUCCUUAAUCAGAUGCCACAGAGACAUGGGCCUGAUACCUUUUUCAACUUCCCAGGCUGUAGUGCUGCAGCAAUUGCAUUGCCUCCUAUUGCUAAGUGGCCUUAUCAAAAUGGGUUUACUCUUAACACCUGGUUUCGUAUGGACCCACUAAACAAUAUCAACGUGGAUAAGGAUAAACCCUAUCUCUACUGUUUCCGCACUAGUAAAGGUGUUGGGUAUUCUGCUCAUUUUGUCGGCAAUUGUUUAAUAGUUACAUCACUGAAGUCAAAGGGCAAAGGUUUCCAGCACUGUGUGAAGUAUGACUUUCAGCCACGCAAGUGGUACAUGAUAAGCAUUGUACACAUCUAUAAUCGCUGGAGAAACAGUGAAAUACGAUGUUAUGUGAAUGGUCAGCUGGUAUCCUAUGGUGACAUGGCCUGGCAUGUUAACACAAAUGAUAGCUAUGACAAAUGUUUUCUUGGCUCUUCGGAAACUGCCGAUGCUAAUCGAGUGUUCUGUGGCCAGCUUGGAGCAGUAUAUGUAUUCACGGAAGCACUCAACCCAGCACAGAUUUUUGCAAUACAUCAGUUAGGACCUGGUUAUAAGAGCACAUUCAAAUUUAAAUCUGAGAGUGACAUUCAUCUGGCUGAGCACCAUAAACAAGUGCUCUAUGAUGGGAAACUUGCAAGUAGCAUUGCAUUUACGUAUAAUGCAAAGGCUACUGAUGCCCAGCUAUGCCUUGAAUCCUCACCAAAGGAAAAUCCUUCAAUUUUUGUACACUCCCCACAUGCUCUUAUGCUUCAGGAUGUGAAAGCUAUCGUAACCCACUCCAUUCACAGUGCAAUUCAUUCCAUUGGAGGAAUUCAAGUUCUUUUUCCUCUCUUUGCCCAACUAGACAAUCGACAGCUGCAUGACAGUCAGGUGGAAACAACAGUUUGUGCUACCUUAUUGGCUUUCUUGGUUGAGCUUCUUAAGAGUUCAGUAGCCAUGCAAGAACAAAUGCUUGGUGGAAAAGGAUUUCUAGUCAUUGGCUACCUCCUUGAAAAGUCAUCUAGAGUUCAUAUUACCAGAGCAGUUCUGGAACAAUUUUUGUCAUUUGCAAAAUAUUUGGAUGGAUUGUCUCAUGGAGCACCUCUCCUGAAGCAAUUAUGUGAUCACAUCCUUUUUAAUCCUGCUAUCUGGAUACAUACCCCUGCAAAGGUGCAGCUGUCUUUAUAUACCUACUUGUCAGCUGAAUUCAUUGGAACUGCUACAAUCUAUAACACUAUACGCAGAGUAGGAACAGUACUGCAGUUAAUGCACACACUGAAAUACUACUACUGGGUGGUUAAUCCUGCUGAUAGCAGUGGCAUUACUCCUAAAGGGUUAGAUGGUCCUCGGCCCUCACAGAAAGAGAUCAUAUCACUAAGGGCAUUUAUGCUUCUGUUUUUGAAACAACUUAUACUUAAGGAUCGAGGUGUGAAAGAAGAUGAACUGCAAAGCAUAUUAAAUUACUUAUUAACAAUGCAUGAGGAUGAAAAUAUUCAUGAUGUGCUGCAGCUGCUAGUGGCACUAAUGUCCGAACAUCCAGCAUCCAUGAUACCUGCUUUUGAUCAGAGAAAUGGGAUACGAGUAAUUUAUAAAUUAUUGGCUUCCAAAAGUGAGAGUAUAUGGGUGCAAGCUUUGAAGGUUCUUGGAUAUUUUCUCAAACACUUGGGCCAUAAGCGAAAGGUUGAAAUCAUGCAUACUCAUAGUCUUUUCACUCUUCUUGGAGAAAGGUUGAUGCUACAUACAAAUACAGUGACGGUUACAACAUAUAACACACUUUAUGAGAUUUUGACAGAACAAGUGUGCACUCAAGUAGUUCAUAAACCUCAUCCAGAACCAGAUUCUACAGUGAAAAUACAAAAUCCAAUGAUUCUUAAGGUGGUCGCAACGCUGUUAAAAAACUCCACACCAAGUGCAGAGCUGAUGGAAGUUCGACGGUUGUUCUUGUCUGAUAUGAUAAAACUCUUUAGUAAUAGCCGUGAAAACAGAAGAUGUUUACUUCAGUGUUCAGUGUGGCAGGACUGGAUGUUUUCUCUGGGAUACAUUAACCCUAAGAACUCUGAAGAGCAGAAGAUUACAGAGAUGGUUUACAACAUUUUCCGCAUUCUCUUGUAUCAUGCAAUAAAAUAUGAAUGGGGAGGCUGGAGAGUGUGGGUCGAUACUCUUUCUAUAGCUCAUUCCAAGGUCACAUAUGAGGCUCACAAGGAGUACCUAGCUAAAAUGUAUGAAGAGUAUCAAAGGCAAGAGGAAGAAAACAUAAAAAAGGGGAAAAAGGGUAAUGUGAGCACUAUCUCAGGUCUUUCGUCUCAGACAACAGGAGCAAAAGGUGGAAUGGAAAUCCGAGAGAUAGAAGACCUUUCACAAAGCCAAAGUCCAGAAAGUGAAACGGAUUAUCCUGUCAGUACAGAUACAAGGGACUUGCUCAUGGCUACAAAGGUGUCUGAUGAUGUGCUUGGAAGUGCUGAGAGACCAGGAGGAGGAGUACAUGUGGAAGUUCAUGACCUUUUAGUUGAUAUAAAAGCUGAAAAGGUAGAAGCUACAGAAGUAAAACUUGAUGAUAUGGAUUUAUCACCAGAGACACUGGUAACUGGAGAAAAUGGUGCACUUGUAGAAGUUGAAUCUCUUCUAGAUAAUGUAUACAGUGCUGCAGUUGAGAAGCUACAAAACAAUGUUCAUGGAAGUGUAGGUAUUAUUAAGAAGAAUGAGGAAAAAGAUAAUGGUCCAUUAAUAACUCUGGCUGAUGAGAAAGAUGAACCUUCUACUAACAGUACCUCAUUUCUCUUUGAUAAAAUACCCAGUCAAGAGGAGAAACUUCUACCUGAACUUUCAAGUAACCAUAUUUCUAUUCCAAAUGUGCAAGACACUCAGAUGCAUCUGGGUGUAAAUGAUGAUUUGGGAUUGCUUGCACAUAUGGCAGGUAGUGUAGAUAUAACAUGUGCUUCAAGUAUAAUAGAGGACAAGGAAUUUAAGAUUCAUACAACUUCAGAUGGAAUGAGUAGCAUUUCUGAGAGGGAGUUGGCUUCAUCAUCUAAAGGAUUAGAAUAUGCUGAAAUGACUGCCACAACUCUUGAGACAGAGUCUUCUGGUAGCAAAACUGUACCUAAUGUUGAUGCAGGAAGUAUAAUAUCAGAUACAGAAAGAUCCGAUGAUGGUAAGGAAGCAGGAAAGGAGAUACGGAAGAUCCAGACAACUACCACAACCCAGGCAGUACAGGGUCGAUCUGUCACCCAGCAAGAUCGGGAUUUACGUGUUGACUUGGGAUUUCGAGGAAUGCCAAUGACAGAAGAGCAGCGACGACAGUUUAGUCCAGGUCCACGCACAACUAUGUUUCGUAUUCCAGAGUUUAAAUGGUCUCCCAUGCACCAGCGGCUCCUGACAGACUUGCUUUUUGCACUAGAAACAGAUGUACAUGUUUGGAGAAGUCACUCCACGAAGUCUGUGAUGGACUUUGUCAAUAGCAAUGAAAAUAUUAUUUUUGUACACAACACAAUACACCUCAUUUCCCAGAUGGUAGACAAUAUUAUUAUUGCUUGUGGAGGAAUUUUACCAUUGCUGUCAGCAGCCACAUCCCCAACUGGUUCUAAGACUGAAUUGGAAAAUAUUGAAGUGACACAAGGAAUGUCAGCAGAGACAGCAGUAACUUUUCUCAGCCGUCUGAUGGCAAUGGUUGAUGUGCUAGUAUUUGCCAGUUCUCUAAAUUUUAGUGAGAUUGAAGCUGAAAAAAACAUGUCUUCUGGAGGUCUAAUGCGACAGUGCCUGAGGCUUGUUUGUUGUGUGGCUGUCAGAAACUGUUUAGAGUGUCGGCAAAGGCAGAGAGAGAGAGUGAACAAGACUUCGUUAAUCAGCAGUAAAGCUCAGGAUGCUCUCCAGGGUGUAACUGCAGUAGCAGCAACCAAGACUCCCCUUGAAAAUGUCCCUGGAAAUCUUUCUCCUAUAAAAGACCCUGAUCGGCUUCUUCAGGAUGUUGAUAUUAAUCGUCUACGAGCAGUUGUUUUUCGUGAUGUGGAUGACAGCAAACAGGCUCAGUUCUUAGCUUUGGCAGUAGUCUACUUUAUUUCAGUUCUGAUGGUCUCCAAAUACCGUGAUAUUCUAGAACCACAACGAGAAACUGCAAGAUCUGGGAGCCAGGCAGGUAGAAAUAUCAGACAAGAAAUAAAUUCACCAACAAGCACAGUUGUGGUCAUACCAUCUAUCCCUCACCCAAGUUUGAACCAUGGAUUCCUUGCCAAGUUAAUUCCUGAGCAGAGCUUUGCCCACUCAUUUUACAAAGAGACACCAACUGUAUUUCCAGAAAAUAUCAAAGAUAAAGAAACACCAACACCAGUUGAAGAUAUUCAGCUGGAAAGCUCUAUUCCUCAUACUGAUUCAGGAAUUGGAGAAGAACAGAUGCCCAAUAUUUUGAAUGGGACAGACUUGGAGACAAGCACAGGCCCUGAUGCUAUGAGCGAGCUGUUGUCUACUUUGUCUUCAGAAGUGAAGAAAUCUCAGGAGAGCUUAACCGAAAGCCCCAGUGAAAUCUUGAAACCCUCAUCAUCAAUAUCCAGUAUCAGCCAAAGUAAAGGCAUCAAUGUCAAGGAAAUACUGAAAAGUCUCGUGGCAGCCCCUGUUGAAAUAGCAGAAUGUGGUCCGGAUCCAAUCCCUUACCCUGAUCCUGCUCUGAAGAGAGAAGCUCAGGCUAUUCUUCCCAUGCAGUUUCACUCAUUUGACAGGAGCGUGGUCGUACCAGUGAAGAAGCCCCCACCAGGUAGUCUGGCCGUGACCACAGUUGGAACUGCCACAGCGGGGAGUGGGCUGCCACCGGGUAGUACACCUAAUAUAUUUGCUGCAACAGGAGCUACACCAAAAAGUAUGAUUAAUACAACAGGUGCAGUAGACUCAGGAUCUUCUUCUUCCUCUUCGUCAUCCAGCUUUGUGAAUGGUGCUACCAGCAAAAAUCUCCCAGCUGUCCAAACUGUUGCUCCAAUGCCAGAGGAUUCAGCUGAAAAUAUGAGUAUCACGGCAAAGCUUGAAAGAGCCUUAGAAAAGGUGGCCCCUCUCCUGAGAGAAAUUUUUGUUGAUUUUGCCCCUUUCCUAUCUCGUACCUUGUUGGGCAGUCAUGGACAAGAGCUGUUGAUUGAAGGUCUGGUUUGUAUGAAGUCGAGUACUUCAGUGGUUGAACUUGUUAUGCUACUUUGUUCGCAGCAAAUUAGAUGCUUUUAUGCUCUUUAUGUUGGAAAUUCCAUAUUAUUAUGUCAUGCAAUGAAAGAUCAUAUAGUGCGUGUUGCAAAUGAAGCAGAAUUUAUUUUGAACCGACAAAGAGCUGAAGAUGUCCACAAGCAUGCUGAGUUUGAGUCACAGUGUGCUCAAUAUGCUGCUGACAGAAGAGAGGAGGAAAAGAUGUGUGAUCAUCUUAUCAGUGCUGCUAAGCAUCGAGACCACGUUACAGCCAAUCAGCUAAAACAGAAGAUACUCAACAUACUAACAAAUAAGCAUGGUGCCUGGGGAGCUGUUUCUCACAGCCAACUGCAUGACUUCUGGCGUUUGGAUUACUGGGAAGACGAUUUGCGCCGGCGGAGGCGAUUUGUUCGCAAUGCUUUUGGGUCUACUCAUUCUGAUGCUCUUCUGAAAGCUGCAGUGGAAUAUGGCACAGAAGAAGAUGUCGUGAAGUCCAAGAAAACUUUCCGAAGUCAAGCUGUGGUAAAUCAGAAUGCAGAAACUGAGCUUAUGCUGGAGGGAGACGAUGAUGCUGUCAGUCUGCUCCAAGAGAAAGAGAUUGACAACCUUGCAGGCCCCGUGGUGCUCAGCACGCCGGCACAGCUCGUCGCCCCCGUGGUGGUGGCCAAGGGCACGCUCUCCAUCACCACCACGGAGAUCUACUUCGAGGUGGACGAAGACGACCCGGCCUUCAAGAAGAUCGACCCCAAGGUCCUUGCCUAUACAGAAGGCCUUCAUGGAAAAUGGAUGUUCAGCGAGAUUCGGGCUGUUUUUUCAAGACGUUAUCUUCUCCAGAACACAGCUUUGGAAGUGUUUAUGGCAAACAGAACUUCUGUUAUGUUUAAUUUUCCUGACCAAGCAACAGUGAAAAAGGUUGUGUACAGCUUACCACGUGUUGGAGUAGGAACCAGCUAUGGUUUGCCACAAGCCAGGAGAAUCUCUCUGGCCACUCCCCGACAGCUUUAUAAAUCAUCCAACAUGACUCAGCGCUGGCAGAGACGAGAGAUAUCUAACUUUGAAUAUUUGAUGUUCCUCAACACUAUAGCAGGACGAACAUACAAUGAUUUGAACCAAUACCCUGUAUUUCCAUGGGUGUUAACAAACUAUGAAUCUGAAGAGUUAGACCUGACACUUCCAGGCAACUUCAGGGAUCUUUCAAAGCCUAUUGGUGCUUUGAAUCCAAAGAGAGCCGUCUUCUAUGCAGAACGUUAUGAGACAUGGGAAGAUGAUCAGACUCCACCUUACCAUUACAACACCCACUAUUCUACAUCUACUUCUACAUUGGCUUGGCUUGUUCGUAUUGAGCCCUUUACAACAUUCUUUCUAAAUGCAAAUGAUGGGAAAUUUGACCACCCAGAUCGAACCUUCUCUUCAGUAGCCAGGUCUUGGAGAAACAGCCAAAGAGAUACCUCAGAUGUGAAGGAGUUAAUUCCAGAGUUUUACUACUUACCAGAGAUGUUCGUCAACAGCAAUGGCUAUAAUCUAGGAAUCAGAGAAGAUGAAGUUGUUGUGAAUGAUGUAGAGCUCCCUCCAUGGGCCAAGAAGCCUGAAGACUUUGUACGCAUCAACAGGAUGGCUCUGGAAAGUGAGUUUGUGUCAUGUCAGCUUCAUCAGUGGAUUGACCUUAUAUUUGGCUACAAGCAACGAGGACCAGAAGCAGUGCGUGCACUCAAUGUUUUCCACUACCUAACAUACGAAGGCUCUGUGAACCUGGACAGUAUCACUGAUCCUGUCCUCAGGGAGGCCAUGGAGGCGCAGAUCCAGAACUUUGGACAGACGCCAUCGCAGUUGCUCAUUGAGCCCCAUCCACCUCGGAGCUCCGCCAUGCACCUGUGUUUCCUUCCACAGAGCCCCCUCAUGUUUAAAGAUCAGAUGCAGCAGGAUGUCAUAAUGGUGCUGAAGUUUCCAUCAAAUUCCCCCGUCACACACGUGGCAGCCAACACACUGCCCCACCUGACCAUUCCUGCCGUGGUGACUGUCACUUGCAGCAGGCUGUUUGCAGUCAACCGGUGGCACAACACAGUAGGCCUUCGGGGAGCCCCAGGAUAUUCUUUGGAUCAAGCCCACCAUCUUCCAAUUGAAAUGGAUCCAUUGAUUGCCAAUAACUCUGGUGUGAACAAACGGCAGAUCACAGACCUGGUGGAUCAGAGCAUCCAGAUCAAUGCACAUUGCUUCGUGGUCACAGCAGAUAAUCGCUACAUUCUUAUCUGUGGUUUCUGGGACAAGAGUUUUCGAGUUUAUUCUACAGAAACAGGAAAAUUAACUCAGAUUGUAUUUGGCCACUGGGAUGUCGUUACUUGCCUUGCCAGAUCAGAGUCCUAUAUUGGUGGUGAUUGCUACAUCGUGUCUGGGUCUCGUGAUGCUACCUUGCUGCUUUGGUACUGGAGUGGCCGACAUCAUAUUAUAGGUGACAAUCCAAAUAGCAGUGAUUAUCCAGCUCCUCGGGCUGUUCUGACUGGUCAUGACCAUGAAGUUGUCUGUGUGUCAGUCUGUGCAGAGCUGGGACUUGUCAUCAGUGGUGCUAAAGAAGGUCCUUGUCUGGUACACACAAUUACCGGAGAUUUGCUGAGAGCCCUGGAAGGAACAGAAAACUGCUUGUAUCCUCGCUUAAUUUCAGUAUCCAGUGAAGGUCACUGCAUCAUCUACUAUGAACGAGGACGGUUCAGCAAUUUCAGCAUUAAUGGCAAACUCUUAGCUCAGAUGGAGAUCAAUGAUUCAACCAGGGCCAUUCUCCUGAGCAGUGAUGGGCAGAACCUGGUGACAGGGGGAGACAAUGGUGUGGUAGAAGUAUGGCAGGCCUGUGACUUCAAGCAGCUCUAUAUCUACCCUGGCUGUGAUGCUGGCAUAAGAGCGAUGGAUCUGUCUCAUGAUCAGAGAACUCUGAUUACUGGCAUGGCUUCUGGCAGCAUCGUAGCUUUUAAUAUAGAUUUUAACCGGUGGCAUUAUGAACAUCAGAACAGAUACUGAAGCAGAAUGAAGAACUGAAAGCCCAGGUAAAGCUGAGAGCACAAGUGCUGCAAUGAAAGGUGUAGUCUCUGGUGGAAAACCACGUCUGCAUUGACCUCCGUUGUACAUUCCAUUACACCCAGCAAUAGCUGUACAUUGUAGUCAGCAACCAUUUUACUUUGUGUGUUUUUUCACAACUGAACACCAGCUGCUGAAAAGCAAGCUUGUAUCAUGUAAAUUAUAUGAAUUAGGAGAUGUUUUGGUAAUUAUUUCAUAUAUCUUUGUUUAUUGAGAAAAGGUAGUAGGAUGCGCCACAAGAGACUUUUGCAAAUUCUGAGGAACCUUGUGUCCAGUUGUUUCAAUGUUUAGGCUAUGAACCUAACAUGCAUCCCAUCUCCAGCCUCUUUUCAAGCUGAGAUUAAAAAAAAAUACGUUUGAUACUUUGUACAUCAGAUGCACAUCUUAACUUUAAAGGGAUACUUUUGUAAAAGUAAAACCUUGUAUAAAGAACAAAAUUGUUUCUUAAUUUUAUUGUGGAGUUACAACUUGCAUGUACUUUAAACCUGAUGUCUUGAAGGAACAGGUGCAUUCACACAAAUCAAACUGGAGAUCUGCCUAAGGGUACAGCUUGUGUUAAAGGGUUGAAUUUGGGUGCAAACAGUAAUUUUGACAUUUUCACCAACAUGUUUUUCACUUUUUGAAUCUAAACUUUACCCCUUUUAAGUGGAGUUCUGCUCAUAAAGCAUUUGGAUAAAAAGCCAUCAUUUGCCAUAUUUAUACUUUAUACAAUAUAAAUUAAAUUCCUCCCUUUUAAAUUCAAAGACUAGAUAGAAAGGGAGCAAAGAGGGUAAGUUCAGUUUAAUGCUUUGUAAUGCUUAAUGAUUCCCAAUACAGACAAAGUGCUAUACUUCUGGAUUAUUAGCAUUUGGCAUACAAACCAUUGGGCCAGAGAGCCUCAAAUAUUUUUUUCCCUUAUUUUUCCUCUGAGCAGCUCGGUUUAUUCAACAGCCUUAGCUUCAUUGUAGAGGUGACUGAAGUUAUUCUUUUGGGUUCUUCUGAAAAUCUCACCUGAAGCCACUCAGACUAAGGCACUUCAUGUUUUACAAUACUGUAAUGAUAAUUAUUGGAAUAAUUUUCUGCACAUUGUACUGAUCAAAUUACACACCCAGGGGUAUAUACACUUUAAUUCAUGUUUCUUCUUUGUAUAUUUGGUGACUGUAUUGUCAUAGAUGUACAUAUUGUGUCGGUAGGGCUAUGAGGCAUGUAACAGGAAUGUAAUUUUCUCAGAAUUUACACUCAUUUGCAGUCAUUUAUUUAAAAAGAUAAUGGAUUCUUUGUAUUGGCACUUUGCACCAGAAACAUAUCAUUAUUUAUUGAUGUGAUUACUUAUUUGUUCUCCACCUUGUAUUAGUAAUUUUAGCACUGAAUUUCCCUCUUCAUUGUUGUUUGUAUUUAUAAGAUUCGGAAAUCAUGGGGAUCAGUGUAAUGAUUAAGUUAUUCAUCACCAGUCUGUAAGCAAUAUCUUGAGUUCGUAGCUUAGAAUUGGGAGACUAUUGAACAUCUGGAAGACAAGUUCAUUUCAUCUUGAGAUCAUGGUGAAAUAUUUUGGAUAUAUAAAUUCCUUAAGCUAUUGUAACCAUGUUUUAUUGCAAAGAUGUAAAAUAUGCCAGAUGUGUGUGAGUUGGAAAUCAAAAAGAAAAAUAAAAUAUGCAAAGAAUUCAGUGAUAGUUUUUCAUUUCAAUGAACUUUUCAUCAAAUAGUUCACAUUAUCAUUAGGAGCAAGCAAUUAUUUUAAGAAAUCCUCUCUUACAGACAAUGUAUAUGCCAAAAAUUAUGUAUGCUGGGUGGUUGUAUUUCCUGGGGUGUCAAGAAAUAAAAGAGAGGUUACAGA